AUGAGUAUUCCAAAAUUGAAAAUGCCUAAAGCCAGAAAACUAAAUUAUAUUUUUAUUUAUAUACAAGAAUUUCAUAAUUUUAAUGAAUCUACCUCAAACUCUUCAAAAAAAUGGAUUGAAAGACAUAAAAAUGAUUUCUUUACACGAGAAGCACGUGUAUUACGAUAUAAAUCAAGAGCAGCAUUUAAAUUACUAGAGAUAAAUGAAAAAUAUAAAAUUUUUAGACCAGGAAACACAGUCAUUGAUUUAGUAGGUUUUUCUCCAGGAUCAUGGACUCAAGUUGCAGUUGAAAAGGUGGGUUCUAAAGGUCGCGUUUUAGGAGUAGAUAUUAUCCCCUCACAACCACCUGAUGGCGCAUCAUCUAUGCAAGGAAACUUUCUUUCAAAAGCAACUCAAAAAGCUAUUAUAAAAUAUCUUUCUGACCCAAAUCGCGGUUGUCAAAACUCAAUUUCUUUUAAUUCCGAAAAUGGAGAAGAGUUAUCAUAUCUAGACUUAGAAAGACGACUAGAACGGAAUAAUUACGAAGAUUCUAAUGAAGAGGUAGCAGAUGUUAUUUUAAGUGACAUGUUAGAACCUUUGCCACAAAUCGAUGGCUUUUAUAAGCGAAGCCUAAGUGACCCUUAUUAUAGGUUAGAAAAUGUUUCAGGAAUUGGAGUUAAAGAUCAUGGAGCAAGCAUGGAUCUUUGUGAUUCAGCAUUAUUAUUCUGUAUAGAUGCAUUACGCGUUGGAGGGAAUUUUAUAUGCAAAUUCUACUCAGGUAGAGAAGAUAAACUACUAUUCAAAAAAAUGGAAAAGGUAUUUCAAAAGGUCAAAAGAGAAAAACCAAAUGCAUCUCGCAGUGAGUCUCGAGAAGCAUAUUUUGUGGGACUCAAAAAACGCGCAUCAAUUAGUAAAAAAGAUAUUGAAAACAUGUAA